AUGGCUGCUGAGAGAGCGUUGGGGCCACUUAUUGACGUGGUCAAAGAGGAGGUGCUGACAGCAGUGAGAGAGGAGCUGACUGCACACAUGUUGCUAGUUAUGAGAGACAGGAAUGAAACGACUGCUGUGGUGGAGAGAGUGGUUGAACUAGAAAAGGAGUUGGAGGCGGUGAAGGGGGAGGUGAGAGCGGUGAAGGGGGAGUUGGAGGCGGUGAAGGGGGAGGUGAAAGCGGUGAAGGGGGAGUUGGCAGCGGUGAAGGGGGAGUUUGAGGCGGUGAAGGGGGAGUUGGGAGUGGUGAAGGGGGAGUUGGGAGCGGUGAAGGGGGAGUUUGAGGCGGUGAAGGGGGAGGUGAAAGCGGUGAAGGGGGAGUUGGCAGCGGUGAAGGGGGAGUUGGCAGCGGUGAAGGGGGAAUUGGGAGCGGUGAAGGGGGAAUUGGGAGCGGUGAAGGGGGAUUUGGGAGCGGUGAAGGGGGAAUUGGAAGCGGUGAAGGGGGAGCUGGCCGAGCGUGGUAGGUCAUUGGGUGUGAAGCGGCUGGAUGGGAAGAGUAAAAAGAGAAAGCAAGAAGGGACAGAGGAGUUUUCACGGGAGGAGGAGAGGAGGGAGGUGCCGGAGAUGGAUCGGCCACGUGCCAUGGAGGAAUCAGCAGCCUGUAAAGAAGUGCGAAAGACACAAAAUUUGAAGUCGAAUGUUGAGGCGGAGAUUAGGCGGAGUAAAGGCGAUCAAAAGGCGGCAUGGCAGCAUCACAGAAUGCCUAUCUGGUCCUGA